CCACCGUUCAUCACCGUCGUGCCGGAACUCUUUACCCCACCACCUCCGAAAGCACCCAUUGUUGAACAGCCAAAAGGCUCGCCAACCAUCGAAGAAAUCGAUUUGGAACCGGUUGAAUUGUCACCUGAGCAACCAGUUCAACCAUUUGAAAAUAUUGUGCCAUCAAUCCAACCCGAAACACCUCGUCCACCCAAACCCACCCCAUCUCAAUCUCCACCUCCACCUCAACCUCCCGUUAAACAUGUCCAACCAAUAAUUCCGACUCAGUCAGGAGCAGAAGUUGAUGCGAUUCCAUCCGAUUCCGACGAAUCAGUGAAGUCGUCUGCGGGUGAUGUGCAACCCGCGCAGCCAGAACCACCACGAAUAGAUCCGACAAUAACGGCUAUCGAGCAGAAACCGAAAACUGCGCCUGCAGAUCUGGGAAAAAUCAAGCCACCCGAAGUUGACUUCUCACAAGACUCCGGAGUGGUUUCA